UAUUUUAUUUUAAAUUUUGUGUCUUCAUUUUACUGCAACCUUUUUGGAUCUGAUGGAACAAGCAUCAAUGUUACAUUCCAAAAUAACGGCCAACAUGGAAACACUAAAUAUCUGACUUAAUCAUGCCCAGUUAUUAUGAUGCAUGCAUAAUUAUUUGAUCUCAUUAUGUAAAGAAAUUUAUAUAAAUGAACGAAAAGCCAUCUGUUGACUUAGCUCUUAGAUAGGCAUACUCAAAGAAAACAUGCCUCUAAUUUUAGAAAAUGCUUCAAUUUCUUCGGUGUCUUCCUCUUCAACUAAUAUCCAGGACCCAAUAUUAACUAGAAUAAAAUAUUCUGGAGAAUCAGGAGAAUAUGUGAUAAUUGGAGAUAAUAAAUAUCACAGGCAUGAAUUAAUGCUUGCUCUAACACAAGUUCCUCAAAUCAAAUCUAGAAGUGAUUCAAGGAAGAUUCAUUACAAUGCAGUCCCUCUUGGUCUCUUUGCCCUUUCAACAACUAUAUUUGUUCUCUCUUUAUUCAACUCCAAUGCAAUGGGAAUUACUAUUCCAAAUGUUUUCAUAUCUUUAGCCUGUUUUUAUGGAGGUGUAGUUCAAUUCUUUGCUGGAAUUUGGUCAUUAAUAGAAGGAGAUACAUUUUCUGGCACGGCUAUGAUCUCAUAUGGGGCAUUUUUUGCAAGCUAUGCUGUGAUAUUUAUCGAUUCUUUUGGAAUUAUUCAAGCAUAUUCAAACAGCAACCAGUUACACAAUGCAAUUGGUUUUAUCUUCGUUGGAUGGUCCAUUUUUACAUUUUUAUUAUUUAUGUCCACCUUGAAAUCAUCAUGGGAAUUGACUUCUUUUUUUCUCCUAUUGUUAGUCACUUUCAUUCUCCUAGCCAUCAGUCAAUUUUUGGGUGAAGCUGUUGGCUUAACCAAAGCUUCUGGUAUAGUGGGAGUCGUGACUUCAAUUUCGGGAUGGUACAAUGCCUUUUUUGGAAUGUCUACCAGUCAAAUUUCUUAUAUUCUGCUUAAGAAUAAUCGAAUGCCAUCAUUUUCUUUUUGGUAAGGUGGUAUAGCACUGUGACGCGGCUGCAAAAAAUUUCAAGCAACACAACUUCAAGAUAUAUGUAAAAAAUAGACAACCUUUAUUGGUCGAUGCAGGUAAGUUUAGCGAAUGUCAGAAUCAUGUCAAGUUCUUCUGCUUUUGAAAACGUCUGAUCCACAAACCAAAUCAGCCUUAUAGAUUUAGAAUUCUUCAUAUCUCGUUUUAAUGCACGUUUCGAAUACAUCUAAGAAGGAAACAACUAUCACGACAAGACUAGUAGUCCUCUAUAUCUCCAAACUUUAGGAUAUAACUAGUAUUUUAAAGAAUGGACAUUGGUUCUGGUGGAAAUAGCAAUUCGGAAGAUUUCUGCAAUACCGGGUUUUUUCUAAC